AUGGCUGCGCCCGAGGGGUCGCUGAGGAAGCGGAAGAUCGGGGACCGAGCGGGACCUGGGUCACCGCCCGUGCCGAGUCGUGAUCCUGAGGGCUAUCCGGACCGUUUGCGCGCGGGCACCUUCUGGCUGACCAGGAUAGUGCUCCUGAAGGCCCUCGCUUUCAUUUACUGUGUGGCUUUCCUGGUGGCUUUCCAGCAAAACAAGGCCCUGAUUGGUGACCAGGGCCUGCUGCCCUGCAAGCUGUACCUGAAGAGUGUCCAGCAGUACUUCCAUGGCCAGGUCGGCUGGGACGCCUGGAGCUAUGCCCCCACCAUUCUCUGGCUGCUGGACUGGUCGAACAUGAACUUCAACCUGGACCUGCUUGCACUCCUGGGGUUGGGCAUCUCGUCCUUCAUCCUGGUCACUGGCUGUGCCAACAUGAUACUCAUGGCUGUUCUCUGGGUCCUCUACAUGUCCCUGGUCAACGUGGGGCAAGUCUGGUAUUCUUUUGGAUGGGAGUCACAGCUGCUGGAGACAGGGUUCCUGGGGAUCUUCCUGUGCCCGGUCUGGACUCUGUGCCGCCUGCCCGAGUACACCCCCACGUCCCACAUCGUCCUAUGGGGCUUCCGCUGGCUGAUUUUCAGGAUCAUGCUCGGAGCGGGCCUGAUCAAGAUCCGGGGGGACCGCUGCUGGUGGGACCUUACCUGCAUGGACUUCCACUAUGAGACUCAGCCAGUGCCCAACCCACUGGCCUACUACCUGCAUAGGUCACCCUGGUGGUUCCACCGCUUCGAGACACUCAGCAACCACUUCCUGGAGCUGCUCGUGCCCUUCUUCCUGUUCCUUGGACGCCGGAUGUGCAUAGUGCACGGGGUACUGCAGAUCCUGUUCCAGGUAGUCCUCAUCAUCAGCGGGAACCUGAGCUUUCUGAACUGGCUGACCAUCGUGCCCAGCCUUGCCUGCUUUGAUGAUGCUGCCCUGGGAUUCCUGUUUCCCUCAGGACCACAAGGCCUGAAGGACAGAGUCCUGAAGAUACAGAGAAUGGAAGCCCAAGGGAUCUGGCCAGCACCAAGAUACGGCUGUGUGGUGCGGCGUCUGGUUAACCUCUCACUGGGUGUCCUGGUGGCCUGGCUCAGCGUGCCCGUGGUCCUCAACCUACUGAGCUCCAAGCAGGUCAUGAAUACCUCCUUCAGCCCACUCAGGAUCGUCAACACAUAUGGGGCCUUUGGAAGCAUCACCAAGGAGCGGACAGAGGUGAUCUUGCAGGGCACAGCCAGCCCCAACGCCAGUGCACCUGAUGCCGUGUGGGAGGACUAUGAGUUCAAAUGCAAGCCUGGUGACCCCUGGAGGCGGCCGUGCCUGAUUUCCCCCUAUCACUACCGCCUGGACUGGCUCAUGUGGUUCGCAGCCUUCCAGACCUACGAGCAGAACGAGUGGAUCAUCCACCUGGCUGGCAAGCUCCUGGCCAGCAAUGCUGAGGCCCUGUCUCUGCUGGCCCUCAACCCCUUUGAGGGCCGGGCUCCACCCAGGUGGAUCCGAGGAGAGCACUACAGGUACCGGUUCAGCCUCCCUGGGGGCAAGCAUGCCACUGAGGGCAAGUGGUGGGCACGCAAGCGGAUCGGCCCCUAUUUCCCUCCGCUCCGCCUCAAGGACCUGAAGGACUACUUCAAGGCACGGAAGUGGCCACUCUUGGAACCUGUCUAGGCACACCAUGAAAUAAAGGCUGGAGACAGCUCUGCUGCUCUGUGUGGAAUCCCCACCAUGGCCACGGAUCCCCUGAUCCGUGCUAGGGCAACCCAUCGUGUCUCCCAGCAGGGAACAUGGAGGAAAGGGGCCUUGCCCCCGCAUUCCCUGCCUGGGGCACCACAGUGGGGUCAGAAGGCACCAGCCCUCCCAGCAGCGGAGUUUCCGUCUGUCCUCAGGGCCACUCUGCCUCUGGCUAGGUCAACAGCAGCUAAGUCAUGACAGCCACAGCCUCUCACGUCCUUCCUCAGUCUAUACUGUGGGUCCCAGUGGCUCUCAGGGCCCUUGACCUCCUGGGACCAGUUCUCUCUCACACCACAGCCAUGCCCUCACUGCUGGGCCCCGUGCCACACAGAAACGUGUGCACUCCCCACCACCCCAGUCUUCCUCAGGUGGUAGAGUGAGGGUAGAAAGAAACCCUCCAUUCUCAGCUGUGCCCGUAUCCCCCGUCCUCACACUGGUGACCUGCAGAGGCCCCAGGGACACUGGAUUGUGUCUGGGAAUGUGAUGUCUUCACAUCCAGGGCUGUCCUCCCUUCUUGGCCUGGUGGGGAAGCCACCACCCCUCCAUCCACGU